AUGUCAGACUCACAACCGGCAGGACUGUGUCACGGGGCAGCAGUCUCAGCAGAGACACCCAGACACCUCGUCCAGCUCGUCUUGGAGAAGCUAGAGGUGCUCCUAGGCCAGCCGAGAGAGAAACAGUCCUCCCAGUGUGUCCUGGGUCGUCCCCUGGACCGCCUCCUGGUUCUGAUCUGGUUCUCCUCUAAAUGCUCCUCAGCUGAAGCUGCUGCCUCCCAACAUGAAAACCCAACCAGAACCUCCAAGCUGCCAUCAGAGAGAGUCGUCCUGCUGGUUCUGGGCUCUCUGCUGGCUGCUGCUCUCAUCAUCAUCUACAGACUCUAUGAAAAAUAUCUAAAGUGUGAAGCAGGCUGGGAGCUACAUGGAGGAAAAUGUUAUUUUUUUUCCAACAAUACGUCCACCUGGACUGAGAGCAGAGAUUCCUGCAGAGGUCAGGGAGGAGACCUGGUGAAGAUCGACAGCAGAGAGGAGCAGAUGUUCCUGGAGAGGAAACUGAAAGAGAAAUUUGCAAAUGGUGAAGAUUCGUUCUGGAUCGGACUGACGGACUCAGAGAAAGAAGACAGCUGGGUUUGGGUGGACGGAUCUCCACUGAAGGAAAGGUCUGAUUGUUCUCAGAACAUUUGGUUCAUUUGAAGAGUUUAAUUCACUCAGGUUUACUGAACUCUGUCUUUUUCUUCUUCAUCUCUUAGUUUGAGUUUUUGGGGAAGUGGCCAGCCUGAUGGUUAUGGUGGAGAACCAGAAUCAGAGGUGGACUGUGUGAGAACAUUUAAGGAAGGAAACUCUAUCAAGUGGUUUGAUAGAUAUUGUAAAGAUAGUCUGAGAAGUAUUUGUGAGAAAACAGCAGAAUCUCAGAUGUGUUUGUGUUUCUGAAAUUUAGUCCAGAAAACAGCCUCUGAUCUCUGAACAGAAACACAUUU